UCAGGUUCUCCAGAGCGGAGAGCGUACGUAACCUGUCCAAUGCAAAAUUGUAAACACGAAGUGACACAAAUUGAUGUGCUUUUUGAAUUGUGUCCAUUGUGAUGGAUCUUUUUGACGAUCUCCCAGAGCCAUCAUAUGGGAAGGAUGUUGGAGGUAAGGCUGAGCCAAAUAAGCUCGGUGCAGCCAAGAAUAUGACACUUACUAACGCAGAAGAUGUGGAUAAUACGUGCAAAAGUGAUGGAAAGCGAAAAUUGUCCGAAGACGACACUCAAAACAAGAAGAAAAGAGUGGAACACGCGACAUAUAAACUGCGAGGAUUUGUUGCAGAGCAUCAGGGAGAGAGAGAUGAAAUGCAAGAUGCUCAUGUUCUUAUAGAUGACUGGACUUCAAGAUUUAUCUCCCUUGACCCAUCUAUAUUACAGUUAUCGCUGUACGCUGUCAUGGAUGGGCACGGUGGGAAGCGGGCAUCAAGGUUUGCAUCAGAGAGUUUACCCCUCAAUUUGCGGGAAAAAUUCCCCAAGGGAGACACAUCUCGAGUUAUGUCUGACAUCAAAAGAUGUUUCAUUGAGGCAUACAAAAAGACAGAUGAAGAUUUCCUGAAGGAGGCUGCAAAAAAUAAACCAGCCUGGAAGGAUGGGACCACAGCUAUUUCUGCUGUAUGUGUUAACGAUGCUGUAUAUGUGGCUAAUCUAGGGGACAGCAAGGCGGUGUUGUGUCGUUAUAAUGAGGAGGAGAAGAGGUGUGUGGGGAUUCCCCUGAGCCAGGACCACUCUCCCUCUGCAUAUGAGGAGAGACUUAGGAUACAGAAGGCAGGGGGACAUGUCAAAAAUGGUCGUGUGAUGGGUGUGCUCGAGGUGUCACGGUCAAUAGGAGACGGCCAGUACAAAACCUUUGGGGUCACAUGUUUACCUGACGUCAAGAAAUGUCAGCUGAAAGACAAGGAUAGGUUUUUACUCAUUGGCUGUGAUGGAUUGUGGAAAAGUUUCUCCAUACAGGAAAGCAUUGAGUUUAUUGAGCAGCAGUUAAAUAAAUGUGGUGAUACAGCAGGAAGGGAAACUGAUGCAAAGUUUCAGGCAGCCUGCAAUAAACUUGUCUCUGAAGCUGUUUUAAGACUCAGUGCUGACAAUGUCACUGUUAUUUUAGUGCGAAUCCAGAAGACAAGGUGAUGAUUGUUUCACUUGGAAUCAAAGACGGUAUCAUCAUUUGUGUCUCAUAUUUUGCCCAUACCAUUUUGUGUAUAAUGUAUCAAUAACGAACAGUAAUAAUAAAAAAAAAUCACCUGUUUGAAUUCAUAUUUACCGAAAUAACUGCUUUGCUUGUGUAUUUAAUGGGAAUCUGUUUGCAGGCAUAAUCUUUAAUUCUCGCAGUUAGUGGGUGGGUGGUUGCAGGGGGGUUAGGAUGCUUGUGUUUGAGUAUCUUGAACAAAUACCGUGCUAGAUUAUCGAAAUUGUCGAUUGUCUUGCUUUGAGCACAACAUCUUGACUGUUUGCGAUGCCUCGCUGGGAGUACGUGACCACGUGGCAAGUAGCUCUAGUUGGGAUACUGUAGUAUUACAUGAAGUUUUUUUGGUGAAAACUUGCCUCCCACUUAUAUGGCAUUCACAUUGAGCGCCAGUGGAGUAGUUACGUAACGUGUCAGUUAUAUCCAAAUGGUCAGUGGUUAGUGGCAGAGUGUGAUAACACUCACUUGAGAACACAGUGUAGUUGUGAGAGUGACAGUGAUGAACAGCUCCAAAUGUGUCGGAGUUAUGGUAAAUUUUAAUGCCGGUGUGAACAGCGGCCAUUAUAAAGCAUAGGUAUAAAGGUAAAUGUAACACGGUUUGUCAGUAUUUGCCUGGCUUUAGCUAAAGUUCUUAGAAUUAAGGUUUAACACGUGCAAACUGGCAAUAGCUGCGGCAUCCUCCGCUGUAUAAUUUUGUGUCGCCUUGCUCUAAGGCCUCUCGUUAAUUGGUUCCGCUUAUAGGAAUUGUACUGCUUUGUGUUCGCAAUAUAGUCUUGUGCCUAAUAUUUUAUAGUUUACCCUGGGGUUAGUUAUCUAUCUUAAUCCCAGGUUUAUCACCUCUAUAUAUUACAGAGCCCACCAGAGCCCAUACUCCCAGUUUUCCAUCUCUGUUUUCUAUGUUAUCGUACGAACUUGUCCGGACAACAUCUCUUAAAAGCUCUGACCGCUUUCCUAAAUUGAAGCUUCGGUAGAGGUGUAACAUCAAUGAGGGGGCGGCUGAGAGUGAUUUUCACUCGUGUGAAACGGUAAAAACCCUGCAACCAUCUUGGUUUCCGUGUCGUUAACUUUAUCCAUAUAUAAACAGGCGUGCAAAUGUGGUGUAGAAAUCAUGCACACGAUUGAGCUAAACUGUAGCCCAUGACCAAGCUACCCAUUUUCGUUUCAUAUGAUUCUGAGAGUUCUGAGGUCAUAGGUCCGUGUUUGGUUGGAAGGCAUACAGGCUGAAAUCAUAAUAGCAAAAUGAGAAAUACAGGUGACGUCACUUGCCUGUGUGAACGGCACAGAUUGUGUGUGUUCGGAGACGUCCAAGUAUCAAUACGCCAUCUGUUAUGAAGGCUUUUGCGCAUGCUCCGUAAAACCUGAGCCCCACACUCCUUGUACAGAUCAUAACCUAUGCUGGUGCUUACACGGUAUCCCUAUUUGUCACGAGGGCUUCUGUUAUUGCUUACCGGACUUUAUUGUGUUGGAAGAAAAUAAAGAAUCAAUAGGACUGUGAAAUGAGAAAUGAGCCGACAAUGAAUGGGCAGUGUAGUCAUCCGUGUGCUGUGUGGAGGGAUGUCAGUGUAGGCCUAUUUGGUAUUCCUAAACGAGGAUCGUGAAGACAGACGAACGGAUUGCUGAACCCAUGCCAUCGGCAAGUUCCGCAAUGUGAUCUACGAAGGGAUACAUUGAAACCAAUAUAUCCCUCGUGUUGCCGAAUAGAAGACCCAGCCCAAAUGUAAACUGGAACUUACCACGCAAGCUUGUUUUAUUUCAAAGUCAUGUUAAUCCACGCAGACAAAGGUUAUAUUUCUGUCUUCUCUGUUUUGUACUCAAAACCAUGAAAAUGCUCUAGCUUGUGUUUGACUUGUUUUUUGUAUACUGGUAUAUCCACUUUUGCAGACAGUUCUAUAUAUUUAUUGGUGGGACAGAGAUACCAUGUACAUAGAUGCAAGUACGUAACAAUUGUGAUUUGACUUCUUUUGCUCUCGUGCAGUUUUAUUGACACAG